AUGGCCAACGCAGAACGUGGAACUAGCAUGGGCGCUGGCCUCCCUGGAAUGGUGCCAACGCCUUUCUUCGAUGGUGGCGUGGGACAGACUCACGACAUGGAGGCAGAGCACGGUGAAUCGUCCCCCGAGGAGGGUGUUGGGGAUGCCGGAGGAGACGACCCAGAACUCUUAGAGCUGACGAGGCUGCUCAACAGCCCCGCAACCCCACCCCAGGCUGUCGGCCACGCUAAGGCUGUUGCACAUCGCGGGCCAUUGAACGGAGGGCUUUACACCAACAGACUCAAGAAGGAGCGUGACCACAUCAACAACACCAACGGAGGUGCACCCGGCCCUGUUCCUGCGGCACAACCUACACGGGUAGGAGUGCAUGACCAGCGGAAUGACACGUACCGGACAAGAGGAGCAGCGUACCGCGGGCAUGGCGCAGGGGCUGCCGAGGGCUUCCAAGCUCGUGGUGUGAAGCGGGAAAGGAACGUCCCGCUGAUGACACUCAUCAUUGACUAUGAUCCGGAGAGGAGCGGGGAGGGCUUGAUACGUGGCAUGCCGUCUCCAGAUGAGAUCGUGGUGCACGCAAAGAUGGCAAUGGAUCUCCUGCUACGCAACGGUGCGGCCCGAGGUGUGACCCUGUUCCCUUCGAACACAGUGAGGAACGAGGCGCUACGUAUCAUCCUUCGUGCCACGCAUGACGUGAGCUACGUCCAGGUCUGUUACGCCAUGUCCAAGACGGAGUACAGUACGAAGGUAAACAAAGUGUGGACGAAGUUCAGGAACGACUCGUCCUCUAUGGCACGCUACACGAUUGUCUGCGGGCUGGGGAUAGACGUCGUGGGAACGGGGCUGUACAAGUAUGAGCUGGACACAGCCAGGAAGGCAGAGUGGUGGGAGACCCUCGGCCCACAGGAGCACCUUGGGCACAAGGUCUCUUCGUGGAGCCAUGAGAAGGGCGACAAGAGGCCCUUCACCAGCGCCCUCUUCUUUGCAGCGUGCAAGGCGGCAUACCCUGAGUGGGUCACUGCUGACGGGAUCCUUGUCCUCGUCCCCUAUCACAUAGCGUGGGUCCUGUUUUCUUUCGACUAUGGCAUGACCAACAUGAGGGACAAGUCAAUGACUCUCUCACAAAGCCCCCUGACCAACGAGCGCGAGAUGGUGGAGGUGCUGGCAGAGGUCGAAACAGCCAUCAAGAUGUGGCUGGCCGUGGCGAAGGGGCGCCUGUACGUCCCUGAGAUGGGGGCUUUCAAGUGGGGUGAAGCUGGGCUGUUUAUCAACGAGAGUGGGUUCAAUGAGUAUCUGCCGGAGGAGUAUCAGGUGCGACCUGCGUCGCACGUGGGAGACGAGGGUCCGUGGAUGGAGUGA